CUUCUUCUUCUCCCUGCACCGAACAAGAAGACCCAAGCCGACCCACACCUCCCCUUGGAAAAAAUCGGUAAGAAGCUUGAGAUUUCCCUUCUUUUCUUGUUUAAGGACAAGAUUUAGGACUUAGGACACUCUCCUAAACCCAGAAUUUUCCAGAUCUGCACUGUUUCCUUUCCCCUUACUGUUCGUCAGCUUCUGCUAUGUGUGAUUUCUGAGCAUUUUUUCGAUUUUGGUAGCCCCGUGACUUUCCUUCCUUCCUUCCGUCGACUGCUCUUGUUUAUGGGUGCGAAAUUCUUCAAAAUUCUGAUUCCCGAAUUUCCCCUCCAUUCCCGCCGGCUCCUCCCCAAACUGCAGCUCCAGUUUUGCUUGCUAAAUUUUGGGGGCGAAGUCAAGGAUGGGGAAAAACGAGGGGAGUGACGAGUUAGAAGGCUAGCCAUCUUGUAAAUUUGAUAUAGAUUUUAGAUAUAGAUCAUGAUCUUGUAAGCUAAAUUUUAAUUGGAGAUUUUAUAAAUUCAUUUAAUGGAUUGUUAAUUUACAAGAGAUUUGACCUUGAGAUUUUGAGUUUAAGUCAUGUUGGAUAUAGAAUUAUUUUGAAAUAUUUGAUUUAAGUUAUUGGAUUUCAGAUGUGAAUUGGAUAAAUUCUGAGCUUUGUG